AUGAGUUCACAACGAUAUGAAAGGGUAUCUGCAAAUGAUGAAGAUACUCUCCAUAGCCCCAUAGUACCGACCUCGCCUCCCCCAUCCUUCCGAUCGCGAGCCUCUUCUCCCACUUCACGACACCUGGCAAGCGAAUCCCACCCGACCGCUGUUGACCAAAACCUCGCCGAUACUUUCGAUGCGGAUGGAUCGGAUAGCGAGGAGGAGAAUGAUGGGGACGAUAGACAGCGAUUAAUGCGCGGGCAGCCUACUGCUACUGCGGGACAAACCACUCUAGUAUCGACAUCUGCGGCUGAAACACGGCCGCCCGUCAUAGAACGGAGGGCGACGAUCUUACCAGUCUUUGCCCCAACACCUACAACUGGGAGAGUAUACGGUGGUGGAUCGGGGUCUGAUGGGGUAUUCGCGAAUCUGAGCGCUAAGCCAGAUGCUGGGAGUGAGAAGGAGGAACAUCCACCCACAUACGAACAAGCAGCCGCAGACGCCGCACCUCCAUACUGGGAAACGACCAUCCUCGCUCCAGGCCUCGGCGGACCUGAUGAAGUCUACGUCGAAGGCCUCCCCGUUGGCUCUGUCUUCUCGUUCAUCUGGAACGGCAUGAUUUCCAUGUCCUUCCAAUUCGUCGGCUUUCUCCUCACCUACCUCCUACACACCACACACGCAGCCAAAAACGGUUCACGUGCCGGUCUAGGCAUCACUCUUGUGCAGUACGGGUUCUGGAUGAAAGGCACAGGUAGCGGGUCUGCUCCGCCUGCGAAUGGUGCGGAUCCCAAUUAUUCGCAGCCGCCAGAUCCAAAUAGCCACGACUUUGAUCCCAACCAGGUGCAAGCUGGUGCUGGGGGAAUGGACAACACGGCGUCGUCUGGAGGCAUUGGCGCUAUUGCUAGUAGCGAAUGGAUGGCGUAUAUCCUGAUGAUAGUCGGAUGGUUCAUCCUGAUCAGAGCCGUGAGCGAUUUCUUAAAGGCGAGGAGGCACGAGCAGUUGGUGUUGCAGAGUCCAGAUCGGGGCCUGAAUAUACCUAUAAUUGCCACUGGAGAGGAAGCCGAGACCGUCGUCUGA